GGGCAAGAGGCCCCGGGAGCAGGACAGGUACUUGGAGAAGCAGGUGGAGGGCAACGAGGUCGAGGGGAAAUACACUGUGGAGAGGAAGCCCCACUGGCAGAGGGACCCCAGAUCCUUGGAGUCUGAGGAGGAGAACGAGGAGGAGAAACAAGUGCCCGACCUCUUCGAGGUCCGGCAGCAAUCCGGGCGGCCCAGGAUCAGAUUCAGUAUCUGCCCCAAAUUAGCACGCCCACCGCACCGGUCCUGUGGCAGCUGCGUCUCAGGACUCAGUGCCUUUAACGAGCUGGCGAAGAUGGGCGACCCGAAUCUCCUGGAAGUGGUGGAAGUGGAAGGGAAAAUAUCCAGUAGAGAUACGAGCUAUGCUUACAAUAUCAAUGAGCAGUAUGAGUUCCCUGGGUGCUGUCUGCACAGUCAGAGCAGCGAAGAAUCCAGCUUCUUCUCUGCAGAUGAGUCCGUGUUUCAAAAACUUAAGCAAAGCAGAGAUUCUAUCUUCUUCCGAGACGGGAUUAGGCAGAUUGAUUUUGUACUUUCCUAUGUUGAUGACGCAAAGAAAGAUGCAGAGAUAAAGGCAGAAAGAAGAAAGGCAUUUGAACAAAAUCUGAGAAAAACAGGUCUUGAGUUGGAAACUGAAGAUAAAAAGGACUCUGAAGAUGGAAGAACUUAUUUUGUCAAGAUCCAUGCCCCUUGGGAGGUAUUACUUACUUAUGCUGAAGUGUUGGGAAUCAAAAUGCCUAUUAAGGAAAGUGAUGUUCCUCGAACUGAGUGGACUCCCAUAAGCUAUAUGCUUGGGGCUGUGAGACUCCCACCUAAUGUGAAGUUUCCUCAUCCUGAAUAUUUCACUGUCCAGUUCAGCAGACAUCGGCAGGAGCUCUUCCUCAUGGAUGAUCCAUCAAAGUUCUUUCCAUCCUCAACAAGAAACAGAAUUGUAUACUAUAUUCUCUCAAGGUGCCCUUAUGGUAUAGAGGACGGGAAGAAAAAGUUUGGGAUUGAGAGACUCCUCAACUCUAACACGUAUUUAGCAGCCUACCCACUCCAUGAUGGCCAAUAUUGGAAGCCAUCAGAACCUCCCAAUCCUGUGAAUGAAAGGUACAUACUUUACCAGAAUUGGGCUCGAUUUUCCUAUUUUUACAAGGAGCAACCUUUAGAUUUGAUUAGGAAUUAUUAUGGAGAAAAAAUUGGCAUCUAUUUUGUUUUUCUGGGAUUUUACACGGAAAUGUUGUUAGUUGCAGCUGUCGUUGGCUUAGGUUGUUUUAUUUACGGUUUAUUAUCAAUGAACGGUAACACAAACAGCAUGGAAAUCUGUGACCCUCAGAUUGGAGGUCAAAUGAUCAUGUGUCCACUCUGUGACGUACUGUGUGAUUAUUGGAGACUAAAUAGUACUUGUUUAGCGUCAAAGAUCUCCCAUUUGUUUGAUAACGAAUCAACAGUGUUCUUUGCAGUAUUCAUGGGAAUUUGGGUCACAUUAUUUUUGGAGUUUUGGAAACAGAGACAAGCCCGACUGGAAUACGAGUGGGACCUGGUGGACUUUGAAGAGGAACAGCAGCAGCUUCAGCUGAGACCCGAAUUUGAAGCUAUGUGUAAACAAAGGAAAAUUAACCCAGUGACUAAGGAGCUGGAACCCCACAUGCCCCUACGGUCCCGUAUUCCAUGGUUCCUGUGCUCAAUAGCCACAGUAGUGUUAUGGAUGGCUCUCGUCCUCAGCAGCAUGGUAGCUGUCAUUGUGUACCGCCUGUCAGUCUUUGCGACAUUUGCUAGCUUCAUGGAAAAGGAUGCAUCCUUAAAGCAAGUCAAAAGUUUCGUCACUCCCCAGAUAGCUACAUCACUUACAGGAUCAUGCUUCAACUUUAUCGUCAUCUUGAUCUUGAAUUUCUUUUAUGAAAAGAUAUCUGCCUGGAUUACAAAAAUGGAAAUUCCUCGAACUUACCAGGAGUACGAAAGCAGUCUUACCUUGAAAAUGUUCCUAUUUCAAUUUGUAAAUUAUUACUCGUCCUGCUUCUACGUAGCUUUCUUUAAAGGGAAGUUCGUGGGCUAUCCUGGAAAAUACACAUAUAUGUUUAAUGUGUGGAGAAGUGAAGAGUGUGAUCCUGGUGGCUGUCUAAUAGAAUUGACAACCCAGUUGACCAUCAUAAUGAUUGGGAAACAGAUUUGUGGAAACGUCAAAGAGGCCAUUUAUCCGCUAGUUUUGAAUUGGUGGAGACGCCGAAAAACUCGGACCAACACUGAGAAACUAUACACUCGAUGGGAGCAGGAUCAUGACCUGGAAUCUUUUGGCUCCCUGGGUCUAUUCUACGAAUAUUUAGAAACAGUUACUCAAUUUGGAUUUGUUACACUAUUCGUGGCCUCUUUUCCCUUGGCUCCUCUUUUUGCUCUCUUAAAUAAUAUCGUAGGGAUACGAGUGGAUGCCUGGAAACUUACUACUCAGUACAGGAGAACUGUAGCUUCUAAAGCUCAUAGCAUAGGUAUUUGGCAAGACAUUCUUUUUGGAAUGGCUGUCCUUUCAGUUGCAACUAAUGCUUUUAUUGUUGCGUUUACAUCAGACAUUAUUCCUCGUUUAGUUUACUACUAUGCCUACUCAACAAAUGCUGUACACCCCAUGAGAGGAUAUGUGAAUAACAGCCUGUCAGUGUUCCUGAUAGCUGAUUUUCCAAAUCACACUGUACCUUCGGGAAAGCAAGACUUCGACACUUGCAGGUAUAGAGAUUACAGACAUCCUCCUGAUAAUGACAGGAAAUACUUUCAUAAUAUGCAAUUCUGGCACGUCCUUGCUGCUAAGAUGACCUUCAUCAUAAUUAUAGAACACAUUGUGUUUUUAGUUAAGUUUUUGUUGGCCUGGAUGAUACCUGAUGUUCCAAAAGACAUUGAGGAGAGAAUCAAGAGAGAAAAGUUAAUGACCAUCAAGAUUAUCCAUGACUUUGAGCUCAAGAAAUUAAAAGAGCACUUGGGAAUUGAUGACACUGAAUUUUCCAAGCAUGUCAUGAUUGAGGAAAACAAAGUACAACUGGCCAGAUCAGCAAUGUAAUCAGCAUAAUGAGCAAGCAGCUGGUUGCCUAUCUCACUUCACUUUUCCUCCCAGGUUAUGGGCCAGAGGCCAGA